CCCCGACGUCCCGCGUCCCGCAAUUCCGCUCCGAGACACUUAAACCUCCGCAUCUCGUCGCAUCUGAGACGCAACCCCAGACGCCAAACCUCAAACAUCAAACAUGUCCUGACACAUUUCCCCCCAAACCGCCGCCCGUUUGCAUCUCGUCUUCGUCUCAGAUCCCAUCUCUUCGCCGUAACCUAACCCACCAUGGCUGCAACCGCUCCCUCGUCCGCCCCGGUCAUGAUCCAGUGGGUGCUCGACACACGCUCGCUGUGGCCGUCGGCUCAGCAAACCCGCGACCUGUCUACCGUGGCCUCGCGGGCGCUUAACCUCCUGUCGCAGAGCGAGCGGGAAGCAGUGCUCCGGUUCUACCACGCCCGCGAUGCAAAGCUGGCCCUGGGAUCGGUUCUGCUCAAGCACUAUGUCAUCUCCCGCUACUGCGGCGUCCGUUGGACCGAGGCCGUCUCCGUGCGUGACGAGCGCACCAAGCCCGUGUUUCUCAUGCCGGACGGUUCACAGCCCCUGCUCUUCAACGUCUCGCACCAAGCUGGCCUCGUGGUUCUCAUCGCCGUCCACCACCCGCCGCCCGGAGUUGCUGUAGGUAUCGACGUUGUGUGCCCGCAUGAACGCCGUGGGCGUGACCACCAGACGCUAGGUUCUGAGGGCUGGCCGCAUUAUGUCGAUGUACACGCCGAGGUCCUGUCGCUUCACGAGGUCGCCGCGCUGAAACGGAUCAGGCCUGGGAGCACGCUCGCAGACCGUGAUCGUGCUCUGCGGUACUUUUAUGCCGUCUGGUGCCUGCGCGAAGCUUACGUCAAGAUGACAGGCGACGCGCUGCUCGCAAGUUGGCUGGGUGAGCUAGAAAUGCGGGGGUUUGCGCCGCCUGAGGAGAUGCGCGCGCCGCAGGAAGUAUGGUUCCAGGGACAACGGGUUGAAAACGUCGAGGUAAAGCUGACGCCGCUGCUCGAGGACUACAUGGUUUCGACGGCAGUGCGUCAUGGAGAUGGAGGAGAGCAUAUUGAGGCCGGGGAGUUUACCAAUCUGGAUAUAGAUCAGGUGCUGGCGUUUGGAGAAGCCGCGAUUGAAAAAGAUUCGACUUUAUGACCAUUGAUAUAAUUAAAAGGACCA